ACCAUGAUAUUUUAUCUUUUUUUCUUCUUUUCUCCUUUUCUUUUUAAUAAAGCAAGAAAAUGUCUAUGAAUGUUGAUUCCGACCAAACGAUUGAUGAAGGAUUAUACUCUCGUCAACUUUAUGUUUUGGGUCAUGAAGCUAUGAAGAAAAUGAGUGUGGCUCACGUCUUGAUUGUUGGUUUAAGGGGCCUUGGUGUAGAAAUUGCCAAAAACGUUGUUUUAGCUGGUGUCAAGAGUGUUACGCUUUGGGACCCUACACCUACUCAAAUGUCUGAUUUAUCUGCUCAAUUUUAUUUGACAGAGCAAGAUAUUGGUAAACCUCGUGCUCAAGUGACUCAACCCAAGUUAGCAGAAUUGAAUCAAUACGUGCCUGUUCAUCUUUUAGAAGGCGAAUUGACCCAAGAUAACUUGAAGAAAUAUAAGGUAGUCGUUGUUACUGACAUGCCAUUGUCUCAACAAUUGGCUAUUUCUGAAAUCUGUCACGCCAACAACAUUCAUUUUAUUUCUACUGAAAUUCGUGGUCUCUUUGGUCGUAUCUUUAAUGAUUUCGGUUCCAAGUUUGAGGUGAUUGAUACCAAUGGUGAAGAGCCUUUGCAUGGUAUGAUUGCCAAUAUUUCCAAGGAACAAGAAGGCAUUGUUACUUGCUUGGACGAAGUGCGUCAUGGCUUGGAAGAUGGCGACUAUGUUACUUUCAAGGAAAUCCAAGGUAUGACUGAAUUGAAUGACAUUACUCCUCGCAAGGUCAAGGUCUUUGGUCCUUAUAGUUUUAGCAUUGGUGAUACUUCUGAAUUUGGUGAUUAUACAAAUGGAGGUCUUUUUACUCAAGUCAAAAUGCCUAAAUACAUUGAUUUCAAAUCUUAUAAAGAAAGUUUAAGUGAGCCCGAAUUCUUGGUCUCUGAUUUCGCCAAAUUCGAUCGUCCUAUACAACUUCACUUGGGUUUCCAAGCCUUAUCCAGAUUUGUUGAAAAGCAUGGUCGUUAUCCCAAGCCUAGAAAUGAACAAGAUGCCAAUGAAGUAUUUGAAUUCACCAAGAUAUUGGUGGAUUCUGUUGAAGAAAAGCCUGAGUUAGACGAAAAACUCAUCAAGGAAUUAGCUUAUCAAUCUGCUGGUGAACUCUCACCUAUGGUGGCUGUCUUUGGUGGUAUGACAGCUCAGGAAGUGCUCAAGGCUGUUAGUGGUAAAUUUAAUCCUAUUCAUCAAUACAUGUACUUUGAUGCACUUGAGGCUCUUCCUACUAGUGUCACUUUGACUGAAGAAGAGUGCAAGCCUGUCGGUUCUCGUUAUGAUGGUCAAAUUGCAGUCUUUGGUAAGACAUUCCAAGAAAAGAUUGCCAACACCAAUGAGUUCCUUGUGGGUGCUGGUGCCAUUGGUUGUGAAAUGCUUAAGAACUGGGCCAUGAUGGGUCUGGGUACAGGUCCUAAAGGCCAUUUGACUAUCACUGAUAUGGACACUAUUGAAAAAAGUAACUUGAACAGACAAUUCUUGUUUAGAGCUGGUGAUGUUGGUAAAUUGAAAUCAGAAUGUGCUUCUGCUGCUGUAUCCAGAAUGAACCCUGAUUUGAAUGGUAAGAUCACCAUUCAUCAAGAAAGAGUAGGCCCUGAUACUGAAAACAUUUACGACGACGACUUUUUUGAAUCUCUGGACGGUGUGACCAAUGCACUUGAUAAUGUCGAAGCACGCAAGUACAUGGACAGAAGAUGUGUUUAUUAUCGUAAGCCUCUUUUGGAGUCCGGUACUUUGGGUACAAAGGGUAACACACAAGUGAUUUUGCCCUUCUUGACCGAAUCCUACUCUUCUUCUCAAGACCCUCCAGAAAAGUCUAUUCCUAUCUGUACAUUGAAGAACUUCCCUAAUGCUAUUGAACAUACCAUUCAAUGGGCUCGUGAUUUGUUUGAAGGUUAUUUCAAACAACCUGCUGAUAAUGUCAAUCUGUACUUGACUCAACCUAACUUUGUGGAAGCUACUUUGAAGCAAGGUGGUACAAGCAAAGACACGAUUGAAGCUGUCUACAACAGCUUGGCCAUAGACAAGCCCAGUACCUUUGCUGACUGUGUUGCUUGGGCUCGUCUCAAGUUUGAGGAAUUGUUCAGUAACAACAUUCGUCAAUUGUUGUUCAAUUUCCCUCCCGAUGCUGUCACUUCCACUGGUCAAAAGUUCUGGUCUGGACCUAAGCGUGCUCCUACACCUCUUGAAUUUGAUGUCAACAACCGUGCUCAUCUUGAUUUCAUUAUUGAUGCUGCUAAUUUGCAUGCUUACAAUUAUGGUUUGGAAGAAAACACAGAUGAAGCCUAUAUUCGUAAGGAAUUGGCAAAUGUGAUUGUGCCUGAAUUCAAGCCCAAGGAAGGUGUCAAGAUUCAAGUCCAAGAAAACGAAACAGUGGAUAACGACAAUGGCGCUGACAGUUUGGAUGAAUUGAUCUCCAAGUUGCCCUCUCCUUCUAGUGUCGGUAACUUCCGUUUACAACCUGCUGAAUUCGAAAAAGACGAUGAUUCUAACCAUCACAUUGACUUUAUCACGGCUGCUUCUAACUUGCGUGCCAUGAACUAUGGCAUCACACCUGCAGAUCGUUACAAGACCAAAUUCAUUGCUGGUAAGAUCAUUCCUGCCAUUGCCACCACCACAGCCAUGGUCACGGGUCUUGUCUGUCUUGAACUCUACAAGAUCUUGGAUGGUAAGAAGGAUUUGGAACAAUACAAGAAUGGCUUUGUCAACCUAGCUCUUCCUUUCUUUGGUUUCUCUGAACCUAUUGCUAUGCCUACACUUGAAUACAAUGGUAUCAAGUUUAGUUUAUGGGAUCGAUUUGAUAUUGACCAUGACAUGACUCUUCAAGAAUUCAUUGAUUAUUUCCAAAAUGAGCACAAGUUGGAGGUAACCAUGGUUUCUUCAGGUGUUUCCAUGCUUUACUCUUUCUUUAUGAACAAGAAGAAGGCUGCCGAACGUUUGAACAUGAAGUUGUCUGAAGUGGUCGAAUCUGUCUCUAAAAAGCCUAUUCCUUCUCACGUCAAGUCUUUGAUAUUUGAAAUUUGUGUCAAUGAUGCUGAUGAUGAAGAUGUUGAUGUUCCUUAUGUCCGAGUCAAGAUUAGACAAUAAACUUGAGAAGGGGGAAUAUACAGAUCUUUUAAUAAACAUAUAUACAG